AUGCAUUUCCUUUACCAGCAGGCAGAGAGCCUUCCUUUUCCGUUUCUCUAUUUCCUUUCCUCAUUCCCAAUCUCCGAUCCAUCCCUAAAAACAACUGACGAGAGAUCGAUGAUGAUGAUGAUGAUGAUGAAGAUGCCUUGGAGGAGGAAGAGCAGGAGCUUCCAUCUUCAGCUACAAGGGGCAAUUGGUACCAUUCAAUCUCCAUUCCUAUUCUUAUUUACCAAUUAUUGCCAUUCUUCUACUUCCACACUUGAAGAUGCACGCUUCUUCACAAAUAACUUCAAAUCUGCUUCUUUUACCCACCUUGAUGAUGCCAUUGCUUCCUUCAAUCAUGUAAUUCAUAAGCAUCCUCUGCCUUCUAGGUUUCCAUUUAAUAGAUUCUUAUCUGCCCUUGUGAAAAUGAAACAAUACCACACUGUCCUUUCCAUGUCCAAAACAAUUGAAUUGCUAGGAAUCUCUCACGAUGUUUAUUCUAUUAACAUCUUAAUUAAUUGCUUCUGCCUUUUACAUCUUGUGGAUUUUGGCUUCUCUGUUUUCGGGAAGAUGUUCAAAUUCGGAUUGGAGCCUACCACUGUGACAUUUACUACCUUAAUUAAUGGGCUUUGUAUAGAGAGUAAAAUGGACAAAGCAGUGGAAUUUUUCGAUGAUAUGGUUGCACGUGGUUAUCAACCUGAUGUUUAUACUUACAGUACGAUAAUAAAGGGAAUGUGUAAAUUUGGGAAAACAAAUGUGGCUAUUGGGCUACUAAAGGGAAUGGCUGAUAGAGGUUGUGAGCCAAAUGUUGUGACAUACGGAGCAAUCAUUGACGCCCUUUGCAAGGAUGAGCUAGUUGGUGAGGCUUUAGAGCUCUUCUCUCAAAUGAGGAAUAAGGGCAUUUCACCUAAUGUCAUCACUUACAAUAGUUUAAUUCACGGUGUUUGCAAAUUAGGCCAAAAGAACCAAGCUUUGGCCUUGAUGAAUGAAAUGGUGGAGCAAAACAUAUCACCUAGUGUUUAUACCUUCAGUGUAUUGAUUGAUGCUCUUUGUAAGGAUGGAAUGGUUGCAGAGGCUCAAAAUACAUUCAAUGUAAUGAUUCAAAGAGGUGUAGAGCCUGAUGUGGUCACCUACAAUUCCUUAAUUGAUGGUCUUUGCAUUUCAGACCAAUUCAAGGAAGCUUUGGCCUUGUUGAAAGAAAUGGUGGGGAGGAACAUAUCCCCUAGUGUUUUUACCUUCAAUAUAUUGAUCGACACUCUUUGUAAGAAAGGACUGGUUUCAAAUGCACAAAAUAUAAUCAAAAUAAUGAUUCAAAGAGGUGUGGAACCUACCAUUGUCACUUAUAGUUCAUUGAUGGAUGGAUAUUGUCUAGGCAACCAAAUUGGUAAGGCUAGAAAGCUAUUUGAUCUGAUGGUGACCAAUGAAACAGCUGACAUUUUUAGCUACAACAUUUUGAUCAAUGGAUAUUGUAAGUGCAACAUGAUAGAUGAUGCAAAGGAGCUUUUUGAUGAAAUGUCCCAUAAAGGUUUAGUUCCUGAUGCUGUUACUUAUUCUACUCUUAUAAAGGGUAUGUUUCAAGCAGGGAGGCCCCAAAAUGCAAAGGAGCUCUUUAAGGAUAUGUGCUCUCAUGGUCAACAGCCAGAUAUAGUAACCUUCUCAACUAUGAUUGAUGGCUUGUGCAGACAAGGGAAUCUCGAUGAGGCACUCACACUACUGAAAGCAAUGGAGAAAAGUCAGUUGAAGCCUAAUCUUGUGAUCUAUAGCAGUCUCAUCAAUGGUAUGUGCAAAGUUGGGAAGCUUAAUGAUGCCAAGGAACUUUUUUCUAGUCUUUUUGAAAUUGGUUUACAACCUGAUGUUUAUGUAUAUAGUGCAAUUAUGAAAGGACUCUGCCAACAAGGAUUAAUGGAUGAAGCGUAUAAGGUAUUUAAAGACAUGGAAAAGGUAGGAUGUUUACCAAAUAAUUUUUGUUAUAAUAUCAUCAUUCAAGGGUUUCUCAAGCAUGAGGAUUUACCAAAAGCAUUAGAACUAAUCAAUGAAAUGGUUAAUAAGGGGUUCUCUGCUGAUGCUACUACCACAGAAUUGGUAUUACAUUUAUCGCAGAAUAAUGAUCUCAUUCUAAGCAAACUACGAAAUCGUUCUGAGGCUUCUAAAGCUAUUUUCAAAUUCGGAUUGGAGCCUGACGUUGUCACGUUUACUACCUUAAUUAAUGGGCUUUCUAUAGAGAGUAAAAUGGACAAAGCAUUGGAAUUUUUCAAUGAUAUGCUUGCUGGAGGUUGUCAACCUAAUGUUUAUACUUUCAAUGUGAUAGUAAAUGGAUUGUGUAAAUUUGGGAAAACAAAUGUGGCUAUUGAGCUACUAAAGGAAAUGGCUGAUAGAGGUUGUGAGCCAGAUGUUGUGACAUACAAUGCAAUCAUUGACACACUUUGCAAAGAUGAGCUAGUUGGUGAGGCUUUAGAGCUCUUCUAUCAAAUGAGGAAUAAGGGCAUUUCACCUAAUGUCAUCACUUACACUGGUUUAAUUCAUGGUUUUUGCAAAUUAGGCCAAAAGAACCAAGCUUUGGCUUUGAUGAAUGAAAUGGUGGAGCAAAACGUAUUACCAAAUGAUUAUACCUUCAAUGUAUUGAUUGAUGCUCUUUGUAAGGAUGGAAUGGUUUCAGAGGCUCAAAAUACAUUCAAUGUAAUGAUUCAAAGAGGUGGAGAGCCUAAUCUGAUCACAUACAAUUCCUUAAUUGAUGGUCUUUGCAUUUCAGACCAAUUCAAGGAAGCUUUGGCCUUAUUGAAAGAAAUGGUGGGGAGGAACAUAUCCCCUGAUGUUUUUACCUUCAAUAUAUUGAUUGACACUCUUUGUAAGAAAGGACUGGUUUCAAAUGCACAAAAUAUAUUCAGAAUAAUGAUUCAAAGAGGUGUGGAACCUACCGUUGUCACUUAUAGUUCAUUGUUGGAUGGAUAUUGUCUAGGCAACCAAAUUGAUAAGGCUAGAAAGCUAUUUGAUGUGAUGGUGACCAAUGAAAUAGCUGACAUUUUUAGCUACAACAUUUUGAUCAAUGGAUAUUGUAAGUGCAACAUGAUAGAUGAUGCAAAGGAGCUUUUUGAUGAAAUGUCCCAUAAAGGUUUAGUUCCUGAUGCUGUUACUUAUUCUACUCUUAUAAAGGGUAUGUUUCAAGCAGGGAGGCCCCAAAAUGCAAAGGAGCUCUUUAAGGAUAUGUGCUCUCAUGGUCAACAGCCAGAUAUAGUAACCUUCUCAACUAUGAUUGAUGGCUUGUGCAGACAAGGGAAUCUAGAUGAGGCACUCACACUAUUGAAAGCAAUGGAGAAAAGUCAGUUGAAGCCUAAUCUUGUGAUAUGUAGCAGUCUGAUCAAUGGUAUGUGCAAAGUUGGGAAGAUUAAUGAUGCCAAGGAACUUUUUUCUAGUCUUUUUGAAAUUGGUUUACAACCUGAUGUUUAUGUAUAUAAUGCAAUUAUGAAAGGACUCUGCCAACAAGGAUUAAUGGAUGAAGCGUAUAAGGUAUUUAAAGACAUGGAAAAGGUAGGAUGUUUACCAAAUAAUUAUUGUUAUAAUAUCAUCAUUCAAGGGUUUCUCAAGCAUGAGGAUUUACCAAAAGCAUCAAAACUAAUCAACGAAAUGGUUGAUAAGGGGUUCUCUGCUGAUGAUGCUACCACAGAAUUGGUAGUACAUUUAUCGCGGAAUAAUGAUCUCAUUCUAAGCAAACUACGAAAUCGUUUUGAGUCUUCUAAAGCUGUGCAAUGA